UUUCUCCUGGGUAAACACUGGCCUUCCCAUUGUGGCUCUUUCAUUUGAAUUGUGAUGGCAUCUCAGUUGCCUGUUGCCUGACAUUACCAAGAAGAGAGCAUCACCUGCAGUUUUCCAUCUGAUCCUCACAGUGCCGCUGUUGGCCAGUGUCUGGCCAGAAGCUGCUGGGAAGCAACUGCGGAAUCGUGAAGCUGCUUCCUCAGUAGGAGGCAGAUGCGGGAGGAGAGAGAGGGGAGAGAGAAGGGGAGAGAGAAAGCGAGCGCGGUGCUGCUGGCCAAAGCAGGGCAAGAAAUCUGCACAAAUCCAUCGGAAAGGCACUUCCUUAUCCUGGAUUCUGGCAAAUGAUGACACCGAUCUGCAGACACGGACAGAGCUGAUUUCUCAAACAAGCCGAUCGAUGGAGAGAAGGCGCGAAGAGGACGGCCGGGCGCUGGCCAGGCAAGUACGGCUUCUGCUGCUGCUGCUGCUGCUGCUGCCGCUGCUCUCCUGCUGGGCUGCCUCGGAGCAGGUCCGCUAUUCCAUCCUGGAGGAGAUGGCAGAGGGCUCCGUGGUGGGCAGCCUGGCCAAGGACCUGGGGCUGAAUGCCAGGGAGCUGGCAAAGCGCAACCUGCAUGCCGUCUCUGUGGACGGCAUGAAAUAUUUCAGUGCCAGUGCAGAGGAUGGGAAACUCUAUGUCAGGGAGAGGAUCGACCGGGAGAAAAUAUGUGGCAAGAAGCUGCUUUGCUCUGUUAAUUUUGAGGUGGUGAUUGAAAAUCCCCUGAAUAUUUUCCAUAUUUCUGUGGCAAUCCAGGAUAUUAAUGAUAAUGCCCCGCAGUUUCUCAGUGACAACAUCAACCUGGAGAUCCUUGAAUCCACUCUACCAGGCACCCGAUUUCAGCUUGGGAAAGCAGAAGAUCCUGACAUUGGAGUUAAUUCUCUCCAGAAUUACCAGCUUAGUCCCAAUCCAUACUUCACCAUGGAUGUGAAAGAGAGCCAGGAGGGAAGUAGUUUUGCUGAGUUGGUGCUGCAGAAACCACUCGAUCGAGAAAGUGAAGAGACCCUGCACUUGAUCCUCACUGCCUUUGAUGGAGGUGACCCAAGGAAAACCGGGACUGCCCAGAUCCAGAUCAACGUCACUGAUGCCAACGACAACCCACCCGUCUUCAGCCAGGAGAUCUACCGGGUCAGUCUAAGUGAAAAUGCUCCUCUUGGGUCCCAGGUGCUCCAGGUUGUGGCCUCUGAUCAAGAUGAAGGAUCUUAUGCCCAAAUCCGAUAUCACUUUGGUAACAUCCCAGCAGAGGCCCAAAAGAAAUUUAAGCUGGACCCAAUAAAUGGUGCAGUCACUCUGGUGGGGCACUUAGAUUAUGAGGACACCAAAGAAUAUACACUGACAGCAGCAGCCAGGGAUGGUGGAGGAUCAGUAACGCAUUGCAAGGUGCACAUGCUGGUGGUUGAUGAGAACGACAAUGCCCCUGAGGUGGCCCUGAUAUCCCUGUUUAGCCCAGUCCCAGAAGAUUCACCACCUGGGACCCUCAUUGCCCUGAUCAAUGUAAAAGACAAGGAUUUAGGUGACGAUGGAAAGGUUACCUGCCACUUGCAGGGAGAUCCGCCAUUCAAGAUCCUUCCCACUUCUAACAAUUACUACAAGCUGCUGUCAGAUGGUCCCCUGGACAGAGAACGGACUCCAGAGUACAAUAUUACAGUCACAGCCUCGGACACAGGGAUCCCCCCUCUCUCCACACACAAGAGCAUCUUGCUACAGGUAUCUGAUGUCAAUGACAAUGCCCCGGCCUUUGAGAGACCUUCCUACAGCAUCUACCUCUCCUACCACCUGGCCCAGGCCACGGAGCCCACCCUCUUCACUGUGGGGGCUCACACGGGUGAGGUCAGGACGGCCCGGCCCUUCACGGAGAGAGACGUGGCCAAGCAGAAGCUGGUGGUGCUGGUGAAGGACAACGGGCGGCCGCCCCUCUCGGCCACCGCCACCCUGAACCUGGUCUUUGCCGAGAACUUCCAGGAGGCCCUUCCUGAGAUGAAGAGCCAGCCGGGCAGCACCGAGACCCAGGCGGAGCUGCAGUUCUACCUGGUGCUGGCCUUGGCCGUCAUGUCCUUCCUCUUCCUGCUGACCGUGAUCCUGGCCGUGGCCAUGAGGCUGCGGCACUCUGGGAGCCCCACCUUCCUGCAGUGCCUCGGGCCGCUCCCCCACCCCAAGGCCGGAGCCUUCUUCCCCCCCAACUUUGAGGAGGGAACUCUGCCAUACUCCUACCAGCUUUGCCUUUCCUCUGAGUCCAAGCGAAAUGAGUUCACCUUUGUAACACCCAAUGUUCAGGUUACUGACAAUAUUCUUAGCAGGGAAAGAUCUGGUGUGCCUUUUGGAGACAAUGUGGUAAAUAAUACUGAUUCUUUGAUGGAGGAAGUUGACAAGGGGCAGCCCUUCAGCAUCAGCGCCGAAACCGGGAACCUGUACGUGAGCGACAGGAUCGACAGGGAGGAGCUGUGUGGGGAAGCAGCGCUCUGCCCCAUCAAUUUUGAAGUAGUGGCUGAGAGCCCCAUGAACGUUUUUCAC